GCCUAGAGGAGAAAGGAACAUUUCUAAAACCCUUCACCUCAAACUCUCACUCUCAUUCUCACUCUUAGGUUUUCAGAACUGCGAUCAUGGCGGGAGUUAGGAUUUUCGGUGCAUACGCUGCCAGAGCUCUCAUGGCGGCGGCGUCCACGGCGAAAGGCGCGGUCAAGAAGGAAGUCGCGCGCGCCCCGCCCAAGAAGCCUGCUACUGCUGCUCCCAGUAAAACCAAGAGCAGCACUAGCGGCAUUCAGAAGGUGGUUCCCGUCUCUUCCGAGCUCGGAAAGUUUCUCGGUUCGCCGGAAGUCUCCAGAACCGACGCUGUCAAGAGAGUCUGGGAGUACAUCAAGCUGCAGAAUCUCCAGAAUCCUACAAAUAAGAAGGAAAUCUUUUGUGAUGACAAACUGAAGACCAUCUUUGAAGGGAAAGAUAAAGUGGGAUUCACAGAGAUUGCCAGAUUGCUGUCUAACCAUUUUGUGAAAUCAGUCUAAUUGGAUUCUUCUCGAUGGUAACUCGUAAUAGUACAUUAAGUAGGGCUUUGUUAUCUUAAGUACAUGCUAUGUCACGGGCUGCUAAAGAAACUUGGAAAUUUGUAAGAUCUGACUUGAAUUUGGGAUUGAAAGUGGUGUCAUUUUGUCACUGUUUGAUUUCACAUUGUUAGGAUGACAUAUAUAUUAGUAUUUCCAAGUCAUAUAUGUGCGUUCACCACUUCAUUUCAAAUCUACAUGGUUAUAAUUAUAAGAUACUAUCUGCUUGGUAUGACAA